AUGCUGACAGGACACGGGUGUUUCGGAUACUAUUUACAUAAGUACAAAAAGCGGUUUGACCCGGCGUGCGUGGCUUGUGGAUCACCGGUGGAUGAUGUAGAACACACCUUGUUCAGGUGUGACAGGUGGUGGCAACAUAGAAGAGAGCUGGAAGUGAAAAUUGUAGCAGUGAUGGAACCAGAUACAGUAGUGGCGACAAUGCUCGAGAAGGCGCAGUACUGGAAUACGGUUAAGGCGUAUGCGGGAAUGGUGCACUCGACAAAGGAAGAAGAGGAGAGGCAGGUCCAAAGAGGCAGAGCUGCAGUAACAUUGUAA